AUGACAUUGAGAUUUUAUUUCUUCGAGCUUCUCUUCUCGGAUUCGGAGAAACAGGAAGAGAUGUUCAAGAACGCGUUUCAGUCUGGCUUUCUGUCUAUUUUGUACAGUUUAGGAAGUAAGCCUCUUCAGAUAUGGGACAAAGAAGUGGUGGAUGGUCAUGUGAAGCGUUGCCAUGAUGAUGAAAUUCAAUCCAAUGUGCUUGAAGUAAUUGGAACAAACAUCCAGUCUACAUACAUUACAUGUCCAGCUGAUCUUUCGGCGACUCUCGGUAUCAAACUCCCCUUUUUGGUCUUGGUAGUGAAGAAUAUGAAGAAGUAUUUCUCGUUCGAGAUUCAGAUUCUGGAUGACAAGAAUGUGCGCCGGCGUUUCCGAGCUUCUAACUUUCAAGUCGUUGGAGCAGUUGCUGAUCAAGAUCAUUCUUAG